AUGGUUCGGACACAUAUAAAGAAGACCAUUGAAUGUGUUCGUGAGGAGAGGAUUGUGGGAGCUAAGAAGAAGAACCAGGCCACGACGAAGGAAGAACUGGAGCGUGAUCGCCAACCGUGUGUGAAGGUCAUCUAUGAUACAUUGAAGGAGUAUGUUACAGAAAAUGAAGAAAACAUUUCGGUCGUCCUUAAACAUUCGUGGCAGCUGUUCCUCCGGCUGAUCCUGAUUUUACCAUCCUCACUUGUGGCAGGGUCCAUGUCAAUGGCAACACCAGUGUUUGGCACAAUAACAAUUGAGACACCCCUAAUGAUUGCUGCCAAGAAUGGUGUGGAAGAAAUGGUGAAGGAAAUUCUGAAAUUAUUUCCCCUGAGGAUUGAAGAUAUGAAUGAUGACGGAAAAAAUAUAGUUCUACUGGCGAUAGAAUACAGGCAAACAAACGUAUACAGCUUUUUACGUGAACAGAAAUGGCCAAAUGAGAAUUUGUUUUGGCAAGUAGAUAAAGACGGAAACAAUGUAUUGCAUUUGGCAGCGAGGCUUGGAGUGGACCCUGAUUGGCUCAAUCCUGGGGAGGCACUCUCCAUGUCAACGGAAAUCAAAUGGUUUGAGUAUAUGAAGCAUUCAGUACCCCAUGGUUUGCUGGAAAGAUACAAUAGGGAAAUGAAGACACCGAAUGACAUUUUCAAAGAGAGUCAUAAGGAGCUUAUGAAAACCGAGGGAGAGUGGGUGGCUAAAACCUCACAAGCAUGUUCUGUGGUGUCGACCCUAGUUAUGUCUGUGGCCUUUGCCGCUCGUGACACUGUGCCAGGCGGUUAUGAUAGCACUGGCCAUGCAAUCCUUAGAAACAAGCCACCAGCAUUUAAAUAUUUUUCAGCCUUCUCAGUUACGGCCCUGUCCUUCUCCCUGGUGUCUACCAUUUGCUUCUUGUCAACCGUAGUUGCUUCUCCUUCCCAAUCUGUGCACUCUUGGAAACAUGUUCCUAUCAAACUUUACUUUGGCAUGUGCUCCAUGUUUGCCUCCAUUGUUUCUUUAUGGAUCUCUUUCUGUGGUGGCUAUUUCUUCACGCUGGAUGAUGACAGUCAAAAGUUGUCCCAUGCUCUUGAACUUUAUUUUGUGACGUCAUUGCUGAUCAUCAUUUUGGUUGUUAGCCAGAUCCCCACAUUCAUUGGUCCCCCAUUAAUGUCUAGCACUCGCGCGGUUCCUCUCCCAAGACUCAAGGCCACUUCUCCCAUUGAGUACCGAAAUUAA